AUGCUCAGUACAGUCCCGGCAAAAGUGAUCAACAAAUUACUCGGUUCUGCACGAACCUUGCAAAAGUUGGAUUUGUCAAAUAACAAACUUCGAGACAGCACUGGAGCCAUUUUGUUGGAGCAACUCACUGCUUGUCGGAGUCUGGAGUAUUUGAACCUUCGAGGGAACCAACUAGGUCUGCAGGCUAGUCAAGCUCUUGCCAGGCUUUUUGCUGAAACUGCUACCCUGAAGACAUUGGACUGCAGUUGGAACGAAAUUCGUGGUCCAGCUGCCAUGGAGCUUGCGAAAGGGCUCAAGGAAAAUUAUGGUCUUCAAAAUCUCGACCUCUCCUGGAAUGGUAUCGGCAAUAAUGGUGCAUGGGCGAUCGGGAACUGGUUAAAAGAAGCCGGACAGAUGAUCAGCUUGGACCUGAGCGCCAAUCAGAUCGGUUCUGUUGGAAUGUCCGGUCUGUUUGUCGGUCUGGCCGAGAACGACACAUUGAGACAAUUGCUCCUCUGUCGAAAUCCCAUCCCAGCAGAAGCUGCACGAGAAGCUCUGAAUGCACUGUCACACGGACUAACACGUUCCACAUUAGAAAUUCUAGAUUUCCGGGUCCCAUCGGAAGUGAAUUUGGAGGUGACCAUNGCACUAGGAUUGAAGUGCGAUUGA